AUGCCACACGUAAAUGCAUUUGAAUCAAUACGGAGUCUACUACCACGAGAUGACAGCACUUGUAUAGACACUUCUACAUGUCCUGUAGGAGUAUGUCCCACAUGUAAAGAUGGUUUUGAAUGUACACUAAUAGCUCCUACUUGUUCGGACUGUCCCUACUAUACAUGUAUUUCAGUUCUGCCAACCAGUCGUCAAAUACCAGUUGGUGCAAUAGUAGGAGGAGUUCUUGGUGGGUUAGCCUUAAUAGCUAUAGUUGGACUUAUUGCAUAUUAUUUCCUUAUCUAUAAGAAAAAAUCAAAACUUCUGUUGGAUUCAGUAGAAGAAGAUUUAACAAGUGAUGAAAUUUCCUUAUCAAAAUUAUCAGGUGGAGAAGUUGUUUCACCUACAGCUGUAAGUUUCAAUCUGGGUAAUGAACCGGGACUACAUCCACCAAAUACAAGAAAAUCAGGUAAUAAAAGAGCAUCUGUAUAUGACUCAUUCACAAAACCUGGCGCAAUCAAAAAUAAAGGUAGAAACGUACAAGCUGAACAAAGACGGGCAAGACAAGAACAAAUCAUCUCACAAGCUAAUAGACAAUUAAGACAACAACAAGGAAAUAAAGUAUAUGGAGAUUGGAAUCGUAAUUCAGUGGCAACCUCAAUAUCUACAACCAAUGCAUCGAAUAUAUUACCUAUUGCAUAUAUCCCCGGUGUUACUGUGCGUCCAACUAAGAACAACACCCGUUCAGUCUAUUCUUAUGAAACAGACUCGGUAUUUUCGGAUUUGAAUACUAUUGAAAACGCGUCAAUUAUUGGUGAUGUCGCAACCGCAAAUAGAAUGGCCUUGGAAACAUCGCAAGGAGGAGCUCAAGCCACAAUGACUGCAAUCAAAGCACAACCUAAAUUAGUCAAUGUGGAUAGGAUUGACGAAGAUGAUGAAUAUGAGGAUGAUGACGAUGACGAUCUUCUCGAUGACGAUGACGAUGAAUACCAAGACAUGCAAGAACGAUUUGCGUCUUCUGAUAAAUUAGUAACACCAACAGCCGAAUCAUUCACUACUGCCAAUAAAGAAAUGAUAAUCAAUCCAAAUGAAUCUGGACAUGAAAGUGAAGAUGAUGAUUCGGAUGUGGAUUCAGAUAUAGGUGAAAUCACCCGUGCUACAUCUGUAAAAAGAGAGAAACCAGUGCUUAGAAAAGUCCGUCCUCAAUCAGGUGCUGCCGAAGAACAACAAGUCAUAGUGGAUAUGAAUCAACUGGGAAUCCCAUUGGAAUUUCUUGAUUCUAAAGAUGAGGACACUCGUGGGUCAUUUAUAUUUGAUGUGGAAUUUGAUCAUGAAAAACCACAGAUGGGAGAUCUGAAGUUACGGGAAUCAACAAAUGGUGCAUCGAGUCCAUUUGCUGACCCAUAG